AGACACCGCACAGAUCACUUCUCGCGGGCUACGCGAGAUCGACGGGCAGUUCAGACACGUGUUCAGCCCGCGCGCAUGUUCUUUGGCCCGGAGCGUAGCGGUGCUGGGCUACACAAAGUCUCGAUUUGAGGCGGCGGUGCUGCAGCUGCAGCGCGGCCCGUACAACCGAAGCCUCCGGUCUUCCCGGAGGCCGAGGAAGACUCGUCGAUGGCGAAAGCAGCCGCAUUUCUAGCCGGAGCUGCCUCAGCACUGCUCGCAGUCUGGCUGCGCCAGCGCCAGCGACGCCACAGUGAUGCUCCAGAGCCGAUGAAGAAGUCGUUGCGCGACGGCCGCCAAUUAGUGCUGCGAUGCGCGACGCGCGCGGACGUCGAGGCCGUCUUCGAGCUCUGCGUCCGCCGGCUCGCGAUCGAGCACGACGCGCUCGACGAGCUGCAGACAUCCGUCGAGGCCUUUCGCACGAGCUUUGCCGCGGGCAAAUUCCACCUGCUGGUCGCGGAGAUCGAUGGAGCGCUCGCGGGUGCGGCGACGUACCAGUACUCGUACCGCACCUGGAGCGGCGAGAGCCUCUACUUGCAGGAUCUAUGCGUGGCGGCGGCGAACCGCGGCCAGGGCGUCGGGACGCAGAUGAUCCGUGGCCUCGCGGCCGUCGCGGUCGCCGGCGGCUGCGACCGCAUGUUUUGGGAGUCGCACGUCGGGAACGCCCGGGCGAACGAGUUCUACGGCUCGACGGUCGGCGCGGACACGGUCCUUGGCGAGCACCAGCUCCUCACGUGGAAGCUCGUCGGUGUGGACCGCCUCAUGCGCUGCGCGAGCGUCGCGGUGUAG